GCUGAAGAAUCAGGCUGAAUUCCAGCAAACAGAGAGCAGAUUCCUGACAAGAGUCUCCUGAGCUGUGGCAAUGGCUUCUCGGUGUCGGAAAUGUGGACAACAGGUACCCAGGAAUCUGCCUUUCACUGCUGUCCGGAUAACAGAAGGAGAAAUGAAAUCUUACCAUGAUUUUAUAGGAGGAUGCAUUAGACUGGAGCGCAUGGCAAAGAAAGAUGAAAUCAUGCAGCAGGAGAUACGGCCGCUGGUAGCAGUGGAUAUAAUAGAGCAGCUCCACAGGCAAUUUGCAAUCUUGUCAGGAGGAAGAGGGAAGGAUGGGGCACCCAUUAUAACUUUUCCAGAAUUUGCAGGAUUCAGUGAGAUACCGGAUGACGAUUUUCUGAACGUGGUCACUUAUCUAACCAGCAUUCCCAGUCUGGAGGCUGCCAGCAUCGGAUUCAUCAUCAUCAUAGACAGACGACGGGACAAAUGGAGUGCAGUCAAGGCAUCCCUGACACGAAUUGCAGGAGCAUUUCCAGGAAACCUGCAGCUGGUGUUUGUGCUGAGACCCUCCCGCUUCAUCCAAAGGGCAAUCGCUGACAUUGGCAUCAAACUCUAUCGAGAUGACUUUAAAAUGAAGGUACCGAUCAUCAUGUUAAACUCUGUCUCUGAUCUGCAUGGCUACAUUGACAAGAGCCAGCUGACGCGGGAGCUGGGGGGAACGCUGGAGUACGGCCACAGCCAGUGGAUCCAUCACCGAACCGCUAUUGAAAACUUUGCAAUGACAGUAAAAUCAACAGCACAGAUGCUACAGACCUUUGGAACAGACUUAGCAGAGACUGAGCUUCCCAAUGAUGUGCAGUGCACAGAGGAGCUUCUCUCCUCACACACCGACCACCACAGCAAGCUGAAGGAUGAGCUGAAGCUAGCAGUGAAGCAGGGGGCCACCUUACUGACGUGCAUCCGGGAGCCAGUCACCAGAAGUGCCAACAGCAAGCUCAGUCCAGAUGAACUGGAAAAUGUGGCCACAGUGGAAAGGUUGUUGGCUCAGUUGGAUGAAACAGAAAAGGCUUUUGAUCAAUUUUGGACCAAGCAUCAUCUAAAACUAGAACAGUGCCUGCAGCUUCGACACUUUGAACAUGAUUUUAGAGAGGUAAAACUGACAUUGGAUAACCUCAUGGAAACACAAGCAGGUUUUGCUGACAUUGGAGACAGUGUGACUCGAGUUGAGAACCUCCUAAAGGAACAGAAACAUCUGGAAGAGAAAGGACAGGAACCUUUGGAGAAGGCCCAGUCUCUAGCUCUGCAUGGAGAACAGCUCAUCCAAAACAACCAUUAUGCAGUUGACUCCAUUAGACCAAAGUGUGUUGAACUCAGGCGGAUUUGUGAUGACUUUACCAAUGAGACCAAGAAAAAGUAUGAUAUUUUGGGAAAGUCUCUUGAGCUGCAUAAGCAGUUAGAUAAGGCAAGCCAAUGGUGUGAAGCUGGAAUCUACCUCUUAGCUUCCCAAGCUGUGGACAAGUGCCAGUCACAAGAGGGAGCUGAAACUGCACUCGUUGAAAUUGAGAAGUUCUUGGUUACGGCUAAGGAACACCAGCUGUCCAACCCGAAGGAGUUCUACAAUCAGUUUGACAUGAUCCUCACCCCUGAAAUAAAGGCCAAUGCCCAAAGAAUUGUACAAAAACUCGAAGAUGUACAAGAAAUGUUUGACAAGAGGCAAGUAAGUCUGAAGAAGCUGGCAGCCAAACAGACCCGGCCAGUACAACCUGUUGCUCCACAUCCUGAAUCUUCCCCAAAGCGAGCAUCACCAAAGAUUACCAGACCAGCAGCAGUAGCUACCAACAGGAGGUCUACAGAAAUUUCCUGCCCUCCAAAGACUGUUUCUGAAGUAGAGUUAUCAAAAAAGAAAAGCAUUAAGAAGACAAAAGGUGGAAUUAAGAUUGAAGUGAUGCAUGAAGCCAGUCAAGGAGGAUCUAGCAGAGUCCUGGUGACCAGUGAAAGUGAUGAGAACUUGUCAACAAGGAGGAGCCACAUAAUCAAUGAGCUGAUAGAAACAGAACGGGUUUAUGUAGAAGAACUUCAAAGUAUAAUAGAGGGCUAUGCUUCAGAAAUGGACAAUCCAAAUUUAGUACACCUGAUUCCAUCUGCACUUCAGAACAAGAAGGAAAUUCUUUUCGGGAACCUCCCAGAAAUCUAUUAUUUCCACAACAGGAUUUUCCUGAAGGAGAUAGAAAAUUGCAUUGAAAACCCUGAGCUUCUUGCCCGAUGCUUUCUGAAAAGAAAGGAGGACCUCCAAAUAUAUGAAAAGUACUGUCAGAACAAACCAAGGUCUGAAGCUCUCUGGAGACAGUGUGGAGACAGCAUCUUUUUUCAGGAAUGUCAGCGUAAAUUGGAUCACAAGCUCUCACUUGAUGCCUAUCUAUUAAAGCCAGUUCAGAGAAUCACCAAGUACCAGCUGCUGCUAAAGGAAAUGCUUAAGUGCAGCAAGAAUUCAGAAGGUACUGCUGAAUUGGAAGAAGCCCUGGCCACGGUGCUUGAUAUCAUCAAAUCAGUAAAUGAUUCCAUGCACCAGAUAGCAAUCACAGGAUAUGAGGGGGAUGUCAGUGAGCUUGGCAAGCUGUUGAUGCAGGGUUCCUUCAAUGUAUGGACUGACCACAAGAAGGGGCACAACAAGGUGAAGGACUUGGCUAGAUUCAAACCAAUGCAGAGACACCUUUUCCUCUAUACAAAGAUGCUGCUUUUCUGCAAGAAACGGGAGGAGAACACUGAUGGCCAUGAGAAGACAGCUUCAUACAGCUUUAAAAAUUCAUUAAAGAUGAGCACUGUGGGCAUUACAGAAAAUGUAAAAGGGGAUAAUAAGAAGUUUGAGAUCUGGUAUAAUGGCAGAGAAGAGGUCUAUAUCAUUCAGGCAUCUUCUGUUGAGCUGAAAAACACCUGGAUUUCAGAGAUCCGCAAAGUCCUGACAGGACAGCUGGAAGCAUGCAGAGAAGCAAGUCAACUGCACCAAAGAAUCACUGAGAGUGUGUAUCAUGCACCAAUGGAUUCCUCCAAUGCAAGCAGGUAUAGCAGGAAGUCAUCAAGUAUAUAUGAAAACAAAUCUGACACAUCAAAUGUGGAUGCAUCUAACAAUAAAAACAGGAAUUCCAGUCCCAGCGCCAGACAAAAGAGAGUUGAUGCUUCCAGCAGCCUUAACCUUGAGCGCACAGCGCUUGCUAGAAAGCGAUUCACAUUGCAAGGUCUUUCCAACCGCAGAGCUCCACCCAAAGAUCCAGAGUCUAAGGACAGAGAAGUUACCCGUCGCUUUUCCCUAGCCUCCUCCAUCAGCACCACAGUUAAUGCUUCUGCUGUGACCAAAGGUCCCCUUGUUCCUGCAGUUAAAGUCAAGAGACAUGAAAUAAAGAGUGACCCAACUCCCCUGGGGUUUGAAGAUGCUUUUGAGAACACCAUUUUGGCCCAGACUAAAUGUAAUGCCGGUUCCACCACGAGAUCCGUACCUAGAUCUGCUUCACAGACAGGUUGGCCCAGCAGACAAAUGCCUUCUCUAGACACAUUUGAAGAUUUUGAAGCCAUCCCUUCCAGCAUGGAUGAACUCUCCAACUCUUCUGAUUUGGAGGAAGAGACCAACCCUAACAAUGGGAGCAAUCUCUUCCGUGUUGAAGGCAGUUUUGACAGCUGUUUCCCAGAUUCUCUUACUCUCGAAGAUGGAGAUUUAGUGCAGUUUGUGCAGGAAGGAGAGAAUGGUCAAUGGUUAGUGAAGAAACUGGUGUCUGAGAAAAGCGACUGGGUUCCCUCCAGUAUAUUGCAGCCAGCAGAGGGGGACAGUAACAACAUAAUUAAGAGCAGCAAUGCAGACACGUACAACGAUUCCUGCAGCACAGCCUCAGUAGAGUCAGACACCAAGGAAACUGAGGUGGCCAAAAGCUUCCCAGCAGAACAGAGGGCUGGCAGCUGAACAGCAGGACCAGCCUUCCUCAGGACCCCGUCCACCUGCCUUUGUCUUGGGUGGACACUGGAUCAAAGUUGCCUUUCUCACAAGCUCUGAGGUUCAUAAUUCACUAAAAUUUUAUCAACAUGAACAGAUGAGAACUGUGCUGUCCACCUGGCAAGCUGGGAAAAACAAACUUGAAAGGAGCAUUAAACAUUCAGAAAACAUCAAACUUACCUUCAGUAUUAGAGAAGAAAAAUGCUUCUUGCAUUGAUUAUCAAACUGUUUCAGAAGAUGUGGCCUAAAUUAGGUCGACAGCAGAGCUGAAGAGUUUCUAUGCACGCACCUUUUGGCAACUUUGCUUGAGCACCACAUCACUGCAGAGGGGCACGAGGUGGUUACGAGUCCUUGCUCCACCCUGGGGUCACCUGGAGGUUUUUCCAUUUGCUUGCCUCUGGCUGUGCCUUCCCUGUCCUCCUUAAUUCCAGCUGAUACAUCAUCACAAAUGUGCCCUUUUUGCUGUCGGUCAACACCAAAAACACCCCACCUGAGGGUGGCUGUGGGAAGGAGGCUUCUGGCUGGGACAUCAGCGAGGCUCCGUGCAGCAGUGAGGGACUCCUGCGCAGUGGCCUGGGAAGGUCCAGCUGCACACGGCAUUCCACACCUGGAACGGUGCACGGGGCAGCUCCUGCCUGCGAGGUGCAGGGCUAAGCAGGGAAGUAAAGAUGUGUAACAGCUACUGUGACAAAGAACACUUUGAACUCUUUUAGUCUAAGUCGUUCCUCUGCCCCCUCUACAGUCUCUGGUUGCUGGAUCACAACCCUUUGCAUUUGGUGCUGAGAAUUCAGUUGAAUGCCAUUUACUGUCACACUUUUGAGUAGACUGCAUGCUUUCCUUGUGUGCUGGGCUAUGAGUAGAUACAUUUCACCCCCCAUUUGGAAUAUACUUAAGCAUUGCAAAUAGGCAGUGGGCAUUAGAUGCUCCAAUGAGUGGAUAAAGUGUUGUUGUUAACUACUUCUUUCCAGGCUGUUUGAUGAAAGGACUGUACCAAAUCUCUGCCACAUAAGGAUGUAAUGUAUAAUAUAAAGUGAUUACAGAUGUUAUGAUUCCUACACAAGCCAUUAGCUCAUUUAGAGCAGCUGUUAAGGCAUGAAGGCAUUUUGAUGGUAAUUGGGUCUUAGGUCCCACAAAAGCUGCUAGUACUUUAGUAAAGAUAAAUAUUGACUAAGGGUUGCAAACAGGCAAAGAUCAGUCUGGUAAAAACCAGCCCAGAAGAAGCUCAAGAGUGAGUGAGUGGCUUUCACUCUUAGGGAUGUUUUGUUUAAGCCUCAGACUAGUGGUGCUUUAUGUAAAUACAAAGGGCACUAAAAGCACUAGAAAUGGAGAUAAAGCAAAACCAAAACCCUCUCUUUACUAAUUGAGCCUCUGAGCAAAGCAGUGUGUGUAUCAUUCUGCUCUCACCUUCGCAGGGACUCGAAUGUUUUCCUUAGUGUCUCAGUGGAGGCUGGCAUUGCAGGUACCUUAGUGUGUGAGUCAGGAUAGCUGUGGAGCAGGGAGAUAGUCCUGUUUGAGAAAAAGUCUUAGAGUAGGUAAAGGCUUAGUCAGGUUUUUUUUUGCCUGUGACUUAUUGCUUGAUUAUAAGUUGCACUGUGGUGAUUGAUUCCCAUGGCUCUUCUAAUUCUCCAUAUCUAAACUCUACAAAUAUUGACAUUUUCUGAUCAUGACUAAAGAACCUUUCUGGAAGCAUUUUUGUCCUACAGGGGUAGGGACUUGCCUGUUUGUGUUGGUCAUUUACCUCAAAAAUGACAUGUAGACUCUCAGGAACAUGAAUCCUCUUGGUCUACUGUGGUUAUCAGCAUCUUGCAGAAAGAAUUGAUUCCUUUCAGUCCCCUAAGGAAAUAUGUAGUGACGUUUUCUUAUAGUGCAAUUACUUUAUCCUCUCUCUAAAAUGAGUUCAUUCUGGUUUCUCUAUUACUUUCAGUAAUUUUUUGCACAGGAACAGUUCUGCUGUCUACCCCUGCCCUAAGCAUAGGAGAGGGAAGGGCUGGGGAGCUUUGAUUGCACAUUAGUGAGUAUAGUAAACUUUUGUGGGGGAGAGAGAGAGAUGGGGAAGCAUUACCCUGGAUGUAUGAAACUGCCAGAACAAAGAUUUGUGACAUUGCUGAUGGAUGGAAAGACAAAAACCUGCACUUUGGAGUUUUAUUUUUGAGGAAUCUCAUUCUCAUUGUGAAAUGGCAGCAGGAAGUCUCUCAACUGAAGAUGAGAAGUCAGGUAUUUUCAGUCCAUUCCCUACCUCUGCAUGAGCAGGAUGACAGUGUGCUGGUCCCACAUCCCUUUGUACCCAAACACCUUCCUGUAAAAUGGGAACUAUUGAAUUUCCCACUAAAUGCUAAAUUUUAUCACGUAUACAAAAAUUAGGGACCCUCCUAGGAAAAGCAAAGCAUUCAACCCCAUAUGCCCCAUUGUGUCCUCCAAGAGUGCCACUGGUGGGAUCCUGUGGAGCAGUCUAGAGCUGGAGCAGAGAAUGGAGUUACUGAGCAAAAGGGUCCUCUCCCAGCUCCAGACCAUCUGUCAUGGCAACUGCAAAGGUAGGGACUGGAUUAUUGCAUUCUCCUCCCUAGUUCGCUUUUGAAAACUUUUUUUUUUUUCACCCAAAAAUCUCAUGUUUUAUCCUGCUGGACCAAAGUUUGAGUGUGUGCUGCUCCGUGGAUGCCCUGGGGAUGACAGGUCCCUCUGUCCCGUGGCUGUGCAGCAGUGGCACAGCACUCUGGUCUAUGGGAGCUGACUGUGCCACAGCUCCUCGGGCACACUGAGCCUGAGCAGGGAGCUCACAACCAUUAACUGCGUCUUUAACCUUCCUGCAGUGCCAGGUGCCUGUUUCUGCCUCCAUGCUCCCAACCCAGGGCACAGGGCAGCCCUGGCAGGGUCUUCUGGGCAGUGAAAGGGCCCUUUGGCUCGAGAGUCAGUGAGACAGGGCCCCUGCAGGGCUGGCUUUGGGAAAGAAUGAGUUCAGUGACAGAUCAGGCUGCUGACAAGUCCUAGAGCAGCUCACAAAGGAGUAACCUUCUGGCUUUGCUGAUGGGACAAAAUGGGGUUUGAUGACUUUUGGAGUUUUUAAAAUAGUAUGCAGGAUAGUAUUUUAAUUAGUAUUUCUGUCAAGCAAGGUGAUAAUUAAGGGAAUGACUCUCCAUGUACAGUCUAGAAGAUGAUUUGGUAAAGCCCAGCGAGACUAAUGUGUAUGUCAGGGUAUGCUUAUUCUGUCUCUAGGUCUUUGACACCAUCCUUUUUAGGUAGAUGGACCUAAAUAUCAUAGUUUUCAAAUAAGGAUUUCAUUUCAGUGUUGUUUGGAGAUACUAUAGUGACCACUUAGAAGUCAUUUAAAAGUAAUGGUUGUGACUAAGUUUUGGCUGUAGAAGACACCAGAUCCCAGGUAAAUCCAUGCUGCAGCAGCCCUUGCUGCUGGCCCAUGCCUGGCUCUGUUCCCUGGGCCUGGGCUGGUCACACCUCCCUCCAGGCUGAGGGUUUGCCUGGCUCUCCUCCCUCUGCUCUGCUGCUCUUCUGCAAAACUUCAGAAACUUCACAUCCUCAAAACUGCCCCUGAAACUGCUCACUCAGGUGUGGGUGGGCUGCAGAGUCCUUCCUUACUGGCACCAGUGGCAAACAGAGACAGGCAAUUGCAUGACACACAAGUCUUGCUUUUAGUAAACCAGGCUAAAAUAGAAUCAGGCCUGAUCCUCUCCUCUCACCUCGAACUCCACCAGGUGGAGAACCAGACCAGUGGUCAUUUCUUGAACACAAACAGCUGCAGCCAAACCACAUCUGAGCUCUGGCUUUUCUUGCCAGUGACAGCAAAGCUCUGUGUGUGUCUUAUGUUCUGGUUGUGUGUGUGAUGAGAAGCCAUUUUAUUAUCUAUGAUUUUCUUAGAGUCUGGAUAUUUCAAACAGGAUUGGGUAUGAGAAAGGCCAUGUGCUUCCUUUCCAAAAAUACU